AUGAAUAAAACUGUUAAUGUUUCAAUUUUAAUGAGUGAUGGAAAGAAACACGGCUUUACUGUACCAUUUUCAGAGAUUCUUCAGAACUUUGUUACAUUAAAAAUAGGAGAUAUUCGGGAAUUAAGCAUUUGCCAUUGCUCCCUAUCACCUGAUGAUGUUAACUAUUUAAUGCCACUAAUACCUCCUAAUUUGCAAUCUAUAAGGCUCUCAAAUUUAGGAUUAAAGCAUAAUCAUUUAAAAAUCCUUGUCAAAAAACUUAUGACAAUUAACCUAGUAUCUAUUGACCUAUCAAACAACCCAAUAGCUGAUGAAUCCAUAUGGAUUUUGCUUGAUUUAUUGGGUAAAAAGACGUCAUUAAUUGAUAUUAACCUUAGUUAUUGCAAUUUAUCAGGGAAUGGUAUGUUCCCUCUAUUAAAUGGCAUAUCAUGCCAAGAAAUUAACUCUCUUGAUUUAUCAGGAAAUACUUUUGGUUAUAUUGGAGCAAAUUACUUACAAAAUUACAUCCGAAAUAAGCCAAAAGUUAACUAUAUAAUUUGCACGUCAUGUGAACUGUCCCCAUCUGAUAUUGACACGAUUCUUCAAGGUAUUCCGGAAGAUAACCAAAUUCAUAUUGAUUUACGCAGUAAUGAAAAGAUUUUAGAAAGGAAAUUACCUCCUAAUGUUUAUGCAAAUCAAUAUCAUAUGAAAUGA